AUGUGGCCAAAACCUAGUUCCGGGCCUGUUAUAUGGCCGAGCUUGGUGGUGGAACUCGACAAAUAUGUGCGGAUGUUUUGGCCUGAUAGCUACGGCAUGGGAGUUAUGUAUGGAGCUCGGACUAGUGAGGUAGCCGAGGUACUCCGCUUGAGGGUAGCUGAGCUAACCAACGGGAUGGUCGACUGUCGUGAUGUGGCGAUCUCGUGUGAUCAGAGGAUUCUGAUCCCUGGAGGUGAAUUCACUCUUGCGAGCCCGACAUUUUUCCAGAAUCGAGCUCUGGGGAUCUUAUCGGAUCUCAUAGUAUUCAAGAUGGGGUUUAUAAUGGAGUUUGCUGAGAAUUUAGUACUCCGGUUGAUGGAGGACCCAACGGAGAGAGAUAGGAGGUUCAGGGAGCAUUUAUACAAAUUAAAAGAAAAUGGCAAAAAGGCUAAGGAGUAUUGGAGCUUGCCCCUCCGACCCUAUGGCUUCUGGACAUUCGAGCGCCACAAUGCUCAAAUUUUCUGGGAUGCUCAGAUAAGUCAAGUCCCCGGGCGCCGGGACCCAUAUGAUGACCUCCUGCAGGAUUACACCAGUGCUUCAUCCUCCAAAUGA